AUGUCUAAAACCCCCCAUGGAUGGCAAAUGGAACUAACAGACUGCAUUGCAUCAUACAUGAAAGCCAGAUUUCAAGAGGAGGUAUUCAGCAGACCUCACACCCUUCCAGAUAUAUUGAUUCUGUUUCUGGUGUUAUGUGAAGCAGAUCACAUAUCAUCAUCAAUGUCAGGAAAAAUCAGGGUGGAAAAACCUGCAAUGCAGAAGCUGCUGAGAGAUGUGGAAGUGACUGAGCUGGCCAUUCUGGUGACCAACUCAAACACCAUCCACAUUUGGUAUUUGCCAGAUGCUCUCAGCCCAAAAAGAAGGGACAGCAUAAAGGCUUCCCCACAGGCAUGGCAGACAGACAAGUCAUAUUUCCAUGAUAAUGCUGAGUUGAAAGGUGCCAUCAACCUGUCACCUGCAUGGUUUCAACAGGGUCAUGGGCCCCAAAAUGGCUUCCUGGAAGCCUCAUGGCUGCUCAAAUCCAGGACAGAAAACACUUCUACAAGGGAAUGGGUCAACCAAAUGUCCAACACCAAUGCCCUGUUAUCUGUGAUCCUGCAUGUCUUCCAUCUGCAAAUGUAUGCAGAUGGCAGGGAAGCAUUGAUCUGCCUUGGCAAACAGGUGGAACAGCAGGUGGAUUUGGACAUGAGCUCCAUGUAUAGCAGCAUGUCCAUGAUGGUGAAUCAGGCAACUUGUUACCACAGGGAUAUCAAUGGAUGGGAUCCAUGGUAUGACAUGCUGGUAACUGUGGGCAACUACCCACCCUUGGACUUUGUCAUUCCAACAUUGAAUCUGCAGCUGCACUACAACCCAGGGAUGAUCAUUGCAUUUUCAGGUUCAGCAUUGGAGCAUGGGGUGGGAGCUGUAGACAGUGACAGAGCAUGCCUGGAUAUGCUGGCUCUCGAACUUCAGACAGGUGGUGUUGCCAAGAUUUUGCAAAUGGGCAGGUGCUUCAACAUCAUAGAUUGGGUGGGUACUCAGAACUAA